AUGGCUACCAGUACCCUGCAAUUCCAGCAAGAGAUGAAGUCAACUGUCGACAAAUUACAAGGUCAAAUCAAUCAAGUGUCAGAGGAGGUGAAACAGCUAUGUGAAAGAGGAAAGUGGCCUGCUCAGCCUGAGCCAAAUCCAGCAAAUGUCAGCGCCAUCACUAUUUGCAGUGAUACGAUGAUUGAAUGUUCCUCCUGGCCUAAUCCAAAGAAUACGAGUGCUAUAACCCUUCGUAGCGGAAAUGAAUUGGAAGGUCCACCUCCUAUCUCGAAGGAACAGAAUGAGGAUCAGAUUGAGAUGGAGAUCGAAAAAGAAGUUGAACUUCACGAAAAGGUACUUCCUAACUUUGUUCCUCCUACUGAAACUAUAUCAGCUCCUUUUCCUGACAGGUUGAAUAAACCACAAAAGGCAAACAAACGAAAAGAGAUGAUGGAAAUAUUCAAGAAGGUGGAACUUAAUAUCUUGCUCCUGGAAGCUAUCAACCAAAUCCCCAAGUACGCAAAGUUUUUGAAAGAACUGUACACCAACAAAAGAAAAUUGCGAGGGGACGAGCAUAUUAUAGCGGGUGAGAACGUUUCUGCUGUUAUCAAAAGAAAUGUACCACCUAAAACAGGUGAUCAAGGUAUGUUUUCUAUCCCUUGUAAGAUUGGAAAAAUUGAGAUCACUAAGGCUAUGCUAGAUCUAGGAGCUGCUAUUAAUGUCAUGCCUCGAUCAAUAUACGACUCUUUAAAUCUAGGGCCUCUAAAAGAAACAAGAAUUAUUAUUCAACUUGCUGAUCGCACCAAUGCUUAUCCUGAUGGUAUGAUAGAAGAUGUACUAGUUCAAGUGAAUGAAUUGAUUUUUCCUGUUGAUUUUUAUAUUCUGGAUAUGCACGAUGCACAUUGUUUUAAUCCGCCGCCUCUUUUGUUAGGAAGACAUUUUAUGUGCACUGCAGGAACAAAGAUAGAUGUUAAAAAGGGCACACUCAACUUGGAGUUUGAUGGAGAAGAAUUUCAUUUCAAUAUUUUUAAUCCCGUCAAAUGUCAUGUUGAAUCUGAAUCAUUAUAUGCAAUUAAUGUUAUUAAUUCUGUGGUGCAGAAAACUUGUGAAGUUGGUAAUGAGAAUAAACGAAGAACUGUAUUGACAAAACAGUUAGAAAAAAGACCAACUGGAGAGAGUAAAAAAGAAAAAAAGAUUGUCGAAAAGUGGAGAUGGAUUCCCAAGGGAUCACCAUUGCUGGCAGCAAAAAAAUGUCAUAAGGAGAAUCAAAAUUCUAAGCCGAAGAAAAAGUGUGUGGCCAAUAGACAUCGCUUCAAAUUAUACCACGAGGGACCCUCACUUGAUCCUAUAAAGUUGGCACCCGUUGCCGAUUUCGAUGUUCAUAAUUGA